ACUGCCUUUUCCUUAUUUCAUCAUUACAGCCCUCACUGCUCCCUUCACCUUCGGUGUGGUGACCUCUGCAUCGCCCGGGCUGUCACACCCGUGCCCCUGCAAAGCACGCAGGGUGUUUGCUUCUCUACCGGUACGCAGGUGAGCGUGCCCCUUUGCUACAGCGGGCGCCAGGCAAAGCCGACUGGAGCUAAACCCAAGCUUAGCAGCUGGAACGACUGUGUCGUUUAAACAGGUUGUUCCCUGUGGAUGGCAGGAGGGAUUGCCGCAGCCUCCAAGCCGCCUCCCAAUCCUUUUGCUACCCAAGUGGACGGCGUUCUGAAGCAAGCUCUGGGGCACCCAGGUGAGCACCGACACCUGCAAGCUGCUGGGAGAGGCGAGCGGUGCGGCGAGAGAUAACGGGAGCCGCUCACCGGGGCGCUGGGACGGCAGCCACAAAACUGAUAAGCGAAAUACUCGUGGGGCUCGGAACGGUUGUUGCUCCCAGCUAACAGGCUCAAAGCAGGCAGGAUCUGAGCUUUCAGACUGGACCUAGUCAAGUGUUUACGUGCAGGCAAUCCAGAGCAAACAAGCCCCGAGGUUCCCAGGUAAGCCCAGCCUAGCUCCGCUCGCUCCGGGUCCCCUCCCGCGCCGCGCAGCCACCGCGUCGCCGCUUUAAGAGGGCGCCCGGCCGGACAGAGGGGACAGACAGACAGCCGUACACAUCCGGUUCAGAGGCGGCCCUGGCAGCCGCCCAGCAGCCUGCGGGACGGGGCAGGGCGAGGAUGUCGCCCGACAGCGGCCCCCUCCCCUCCCAACCGCCCGCGGGGCUGGGGCUGGCCCCCUUCCUCCAGCGAUGCAUUCAGCUCCUCCUCUUGCCCAUCCACCUCCUUGCCUGCCUGGGCUUAUGGGACUCCUUCUAUAAAAAAGCCUUCCCAUACAUCAUGGCCAAGGUGGCACCCAUCUACAACCGUAAGGUCUACAAGCAGAAACAAGAGCUGUUCAGCAACUUAAGAAAAUUCACAGGCCCAUCGGGCCAGCUCACGCUGCUGGAAAUCGGCACGGGCACCGGCACCAAUUUCCAGUUCUACCCACCGGGCUGCCGGCUGACGUGCACCGACCCUAAUCCCAAUUUCAGCAAGUUCCUCCUCAAGAGCCUCUCGGAGAAUCGGCACCUUCAGCUUGACCGUUGGGUGGUCGCUUCCGGCGAGGAUCUGCGUCAAAUCCCGGACGGCAGCGUGGACGCCGUGGUGUGCACCUUGGUGCUGUGCUCUGUCCCCGACGUCCCCAAAGUGCUGAUGGAGGUUUUGCGAGUGCUCAGGCUGGGUGGAGCUUUCUACUUCUUGGAGCAUGUGGCUGCAGAUCACUCCAGCUGGACCUACUUUUGGCAAAAGGUCUGUGACCCAGUCUGGAAGUAUUUUGGAGAUGGGUGUUCCCUGAGCAGAGAGACACAGAAGGAGCUGGAGAAAACUAAUUUCUCAGAACUGAAUUUGAGGCGCAUUCAUGUCACACCUUACUGGACUCCUACUAGUCCUCACAUCAUUGGCUACGCAGUAAAAUAAAUGACCGUGAGCACUGUGGGACAUGGGACGUCCCUUCAGUACUCCUUUCACGCUUUAUAGAAGGUUUUUCACCCUUACAAUCAGCCCAUGUGCAGUAGCUGGCUACCCAGAAUGAAAGUAUGGAAAACUUCCUGAGCAUCCACCGCUCGUGCAAACUGGGAGUCACAUUCUUGCAUUUCUUAUAUAGGUUUUCUGGAUAGAGCUCUCAAAUAGAGCUGCUGCACGGGAACCAGGCAAACUGGAAAGAAGUCUAGCCAGCACACUUCAGUCCAAUACAAAAUAAAGGAGGCGUCAGGAUCUUAAAGGGUUGAGAAGGGGGAGGGGGAAGAAAAGGAACAGGAGAUAGAUGCAAGCACGUACAGAGGGCUAAGGUUUUUCUAGGGAAUGUUAGUCCUCUAAUGUUUCCAAUACAGGACACAUGCAUAAUAGCUAUGGCAUCAGUACGAGCAUUUUCAUUUCAGUCUUCCCAUUAUGGAAAAUAUUUACGAGCAGGCGUUCAUUCGCCCGUGCCAGUACAGCCCUCCCUGACAGAACUCUGGUUUAUUCAGGGAAAUGCUCAUUACAACACCACUUCUCCAGGCACAGCUCUCACUGGCCAUGAGAUGCUAACGCUGGCAGCGCAGAUUUAACUUGAAACAGCCACCUAGAAAGCAAAAAAUGGAACUUCUCUUUACAUUGGGAGAAAAUUGGCAUAUAAUAAAUCAGAUGACAGAAAUCUCACCUGUGCUGUAAAAUGCUGUUACUAGAUCAGCCAUGUCCUCAAAGCCCUUUUGUCAUGCAUUACUAACAUGUUGUACCUAUUCUUAAACUCCUCAUUUUCUCCUCUCCCUCCAAUCUAGAUAACACCUUAGAGAGGUCUCUUAAAAGCAAGAAGUUUCGUUAGAAAUGUUUUCCAGUGAAACUCCCCUAGGACACCAAGAGAAGGUGCUGCUCUCUCGGCCCCUGUUUAACCUUUCCUCUGAUUUCCUGCAGUAUAGGAGCAAGGAAUUAAAACCUGGUGGAGAUUUUACUUAUAACAAAAUAAUGGAUUAAUGUCUUUAUUUUGUGCUCCAUACACAUCCAACUGGUCUACGCAGAAAGUAAUUCCCAUUGUUCAAAUUUGUUUCUCUAGUGUAGUUGCCACAAGGUGGAGGUAUGAAGGUAUGAUAACAGAGUUCGUUAAUAAAGCAGUCUAAUAGCAGUGCUGCCGUAUGCUAGAUUUUAUAUUUGCUUUAUUACCACUAGAGGGAGGAGGUAACUCAUGGGACAGAGGGACUACCUAUCACUCCACAGAAAAACAAAAUUCCCCAAUGCAAUUCACAACAGAACUGCCUUUAUUAGGGACCUUAAGUCCUCCUUCCCUUAUACUAGGCUCACCUGGAGCACAGCAAUUAAAUGCUAGUGGCUAAUCUACUCUGCUACCAAGUCCUUUGAAAAAGCACUGGCGAUGGCAAAGUUGAAAUCAUUUUACAGAAUGCAUUUAGCAUAGAACAGACCGUUCAUUGUUGACUCAAGCUUAGGAAGGUAAUAAACCCAAGCCAUGUACUGUAUGCAGCGAUUACUGAAUAAAUAAAUUGUUUUAUCUCUGUUCCAUGAUUCCCAUCAAAGGUCUGAAAGAUAACUAAGAAAAGCAAGGUCAUUCACUGCAAAGGAGCCCAUAGGCACAUGUUCUGUGAUUGGUGUAAUACAUACACAGAACUUGCUCAACAUUAGUAGCUAAAUGUGCUGAAGCCUCAGGCCACAAGCUGUGGACUUUCACCUGGUCAUGUAAAAGGCCCCAGAGCUGGCUCAAGCCAAAAGAUAAAGAAGCUAAGUCAUUAACAGAAGCUGCAACUUUAGAGAUAAGGAAAGAAACCGCCUGCCUAGAGACAAUGAAAGAACCCAGUGAAGAACAGGCAGACCCCAGACCCUAAUACCACUACUGGUCUGAACUACUGUGUGAGGGGGGGGGAAAUCUAGAUUGUAGGGGUAUAAUUGCCCAGGGAUUUCUUUGUUCAGGGUCCCUCUUUAGAGGCACCCAGCUUGAACUGUAGUGCUAUUAAUAAAAAGGACUUGAUAAAACAA